AUGAUUAUAACAACUGAUGCAGUAGAUAACGAGCUUCACACUAGAAAAGGCAUAAUACAUGGCCGACGAACAGAACACACAAUCGAAUAUUUAGGAAUUCAAUAUGCUAAAGCAAAUCGAUGGCAACCACCAAUUGAUCUUGCACAUGAAAGAUUUCCAAAUGGUUCAUUUGAAGCGACAUCGUUUGGUCCAUGUUGCCCUCAACCAGAAGUCGGAUUGCACAUUACUGCACAAGACGAACAAUGUUUAUAUCUAAAUAUUUUUACACCAAUAAAUAAAUCCAAAAAAUCUCUAUUACCAGUUCUCGUUUGGAUUCAUGGAGGUGGUUUGGUAACUGGUUGUUCAUCACAAAGUAUUCCAUUAUUAUACAAUGGCACAAAUAUAAUUCGACAUUCACUCGAGCAACCAGUAAUUGUGAUAACAAUCAAUUAUAGAUUAGGAAUAUUUUCUGAUAUGUAUCUUACUGAAUUAGUUGAAGAAAAUACUGAAUGGCCAACAGCAGCAAAUUAUAAUUAUUUAGACAUAUUAUCUGCAUUGCGUUGGAUCAAUAGUAAUAUUCGUGAUUAUGAUGGUGAUCCAAACAAUGUUCUACUUUUUGGAGAAAGUGCAGGAGGACGAGCUGUUGGUGACAUAGGUGCAUUCAAAGGAUCUUUGAAUCUCUAUCGUCACAUCAUAUCACAAUCAGGUGGAUUUGGUGCCGUCUUCGUUUAUACAAAUAUAAGUACGGCUCUUCAAAAAUCAAAUUCCAUUGUCAAAAAAUUAAACUGUCAGAAUAAUGAAAACGAAUCUGUUCUUGAAUGUUUACGUAAGGUCUCCGUACAUGAUUUAAUUGUUAUCUAUGGUGAUGGAUUGACUUCAGUUAUUGAUGGUUACUUUUUUCCCUAUGACCCUCAAUCGGCUAUUCAACAUGGGACGUAUAAUCCAAAUAUAAAUAUGAUAGUGGGUUUUAAUAAACAUGAAUUGCCAAUGUGUUUACUUUAUCCAGAUAUGAACUCUACGCUUGCUAUUUCAACAAUAAAUAUAUAUCUAGGAGAAGGUAGAGCAUCUAUGGUUAUCAAUUCUUAUCAACUACAUAAUUGUUCAUCAAAUAGUAAUGAUCCAAAUCGUUGCUGUGAUAUAGUUGGUCGCCUUCUCACUACUUGGUUAGGUUGUGGAAUUCGUCGUCUAUUUAAUUCUAUACAUAUGAAAUAUAGUGACAAGCAACAUAAUCUAUUUUGGUAUAAUUUGGAUUGCAAUGCAGGAAUAUGUCCACUAUUCACAAAAGAACAAGGAGGUGGUAUAUGUGCUCAUACAUUCGAAAUUCCAUUAGUAUUUGGAACUGAAAGUGACUAUGGAUCAACUAAUCCCAUGAACUGUACAUGGGAUAGGCAAACACGAUUAUAUUCAAAUAAAAUUAUUUCACAUUGGAUUAAUAUGGCUGUAACAGGAGAACCAUUGAAACCAUGGUUAAAAUACGAUCCAUCAAAAUCAAAUUAUUUACAACUAACACCCUACCAUGAAUUUUCUAUGGAAUCAUGGAAUGAAGAUUUAAUGAUGAGUGAAUCAGAUGUUGAAGUACGAACAGUUUUGAAUAUCUUUGUUUAUCGUGUUGCUAAUGGUUAA